GGAUGCUCUCACAUUCCGAUCAACUUGCUCGAACCCAAUAUGCUGGCCUUUAGAGGAAAACGUAUCACAAAGCAAACUAAAACUUUUUUAAGGAACAUUCAACUUCUUGAUGAUAUAUGCAUCGAACAGCUAUAAUGCGUCAUAGAACAAAUACGUUUAUUCCUGGUCAAAUUAACUGAGAUUUUAGAAAUCCUCUUCAACUUUGACCAAAUAAUGACAACUUACCUAAGUAGUACAUCCGUCGAUCCUUUUGUUCUGCUUGUUUCUUUGAAACUUCUAUUUCAGCGGGGCUAGGAUCUCACCGGCUUUGGAUCUAACAAUCCUCUUGAAAUGCGUAUGCUUAAGAGCGUUCCUACCGGCUUUUGCUUCACUCGUUCGGCCCUUCCGAGAACCCCAGCAUCUUUGACGAACCUCCCUAGCUACGAAAUGCCUGAAUAUUUUUCUUGAACAGUUUACAUUCCAACGCUUCUCAAAGCCCAUUUUUUGCAUUUCUUAGCCACCGGAGAACUGAACACGAUAACUUCAGAUAUGUUGCGCGUCUUGAUAUUCGUUUCCACAGCCCCCGAUUUCCACUGUGCCUCAAGACUGCUCCAAAAAAUUCGGUACACUUUUUCUAGAAAAAGUUCCUACCCAAGGACAUUGUGUGACGGAUUUACCAACCUUUGGUCCUCGAUAAGUUAUAGCUCGUUUUCGCGCAAAAAAGAGUCAAGUCGCACUUGGUGGUGACUGCACCAUGCCUGACCUACCGAGCCCGCAAAAUGCCUGGUACGCAACGAUUCCUAUUUUUUUUACGCGUUACGAUGAUUUAAACGCUUUUACAACCUCUAUGCAACGGAGUCGAAUAUUAGGAAGUGCAUCUUUCAAAUGAGAAGGAAGCCAAGACUUGGGCGAACCAAUUCAGAAUUGUGUUUCUGUAGUCAGAACUCCACUGGCAUUCUUGUACUCACAGGGUACAAGGUCGAAAUUUUGCCGCGUUCCAAAAGAUAGUAAACAGCCAAAGCUAUCACCCUCUAUAGUAGGACUGACCUGUUGAUUUCAAAUACAUCCCACCUAUGACACGAUGCAUGAAUUUCAAUUUGGAAUCAAACAAUCAUGUGCUUACACAGAUGCGGUACAAUUAAACUUUUUCUUGAUUGACUUCUAUCAUUUUGUUGGUUAAAUGCAGAGCAUAGACCACUGCAGGUUUCAAAUAGGUUAUGUCCUAGAUGCCAUUCAUUGGAGAGAGCGGCAUUUUUUUAUAGUGAAUCCAAAACCGGUGAACUCUGUGACGGGCCUAGAUGCGGCAGAUUACCCUAAACAAAAUGACGUGUUCUGUUUCGAGUGCGCGAUCUAUUCCUUGUCUAAUUCAAAUGAGCUGAACGUGAGCAAGAAUAACUUGCUGCUUCAGGCGAACCAAAUAUUGGCCCACAACUCCGAAGUACUGAAAAUGUUUUUCAUUGACACGGAUGUGACCAUAUCUUUGCUACGCUACGCGAUAGACGGACUCUGCACUCUGACGGACCCAAUUCAGAUAGAUCGCUUGUUCGAGUUGCUGCAGCACAUAAAAGCUGUAAUUUUAGAUUCUUUCCUGAUCAAGCCAGCACUGAAUAUUUUGACCUCGCAACUGCGAAGCAGACCUUGGCAAGCUUGUACCCACAUUCUCGUACUUUUGGGAAAAUGGCUCGAACCCUUAAACGCUGCUCAAUGCAAAGUGAUUCGCCAGGCGCCAGAAUACAUGCCUGGAGUUGAAAUUAUUUCAUACCUGCAACAAGAACAUCUUCCUUCUAUCCUCUAUUUGGUAAAUGAUGUGUAUUAUCUGUCAAAUGAAGGUGUGCGGGCGUUGAUCAUGUAUAUUCUUUGUCAAAUUAGAUACGCGCCGCCAGAGCCGCAACUUAUGACGUAUUUUGCCUCUCUGGUCGAGCAGCUUUCGUCCAGUGAGCUGAUAGACCUUCAGAUCAACCUUCUGUCGCACAUACUUAGUCUGGUGAAAACUUUUAGAAUAUGUACUCAGGAUCUGAUUCACGUGCUCAACAUGAAGUUGCUCUCUGAGGACAUCAACGUCAAGUUGUUGACAUUGCAGAUUGUGUUACAGGAAAUCGACUUUGGGGAAGGUGAAUGUCAGAUGCUCAUCGAAGAUACCUGCGUCGAAUUCCUGGUCGAAUUGCUGGCGUCACUUAGAUACGAGCCUAUUUCGGACGUCACUCGCAUGGUUACGCAGUGCAUAAUAGCCCUGAGCAUGUUAGAAUACAAAUUCAUCGAGCGCGCUUGCUUGAUAUCUGGCGACCUUUUUUCCUCCUUCUUGAAUUUGCAUAUCCGCGAAGACAUAGAAAUGUGGAAGGUGGUGAUUCCAUUUUUGAAAAGCAUUCUUCAAAUUCCUGCAUUUGCAGCGUCCCUGGACGUCGACGUGUUUUGUAACGCGGUAGAUCAAUUUUUCGGUCCAAUUGUUCACGAAAACGAGAUUAGAAAUGUGGCAGCCGACUUAAUCGCCUGCUACGUUUCAAACAACUCGGUGUUGAGAGACGACAUUUCAAAGAUCUUUGAUCUAUCUGCGUCUUUCAAAUUGUUCGACAACAUCGACUUGAACAGCAAUGGCAUUCUUGCUGUGAUUAUAGCGUUCCUUCCGUUUUCUAUUGUUGAAUACCAGUUCUUGAUUACGUUCACGAUUACACCUCUUUUCCUCGGCGGAGUUCCGAAACUAAGCUACGACGAAGUGGCUGCGGAGCAAUUUGUUUUUUUGUUUAUUAGCUAUUUAAGAGAGCUUACCCGUUCCUCGAAGUUUGAGCUUCAGAUAGAGUGGGUGGAGCAGAGUUUGAAAAUGCACCUGUUGUCUAGUCUGCUGACGCUGCACAGUUGUUUUGGCGUUAGCAGCAAGGCGUCUGGGUUGAUCCGAACAUUGAUAGUGGAAGUUUUAUCGAUAUUGGACAGCAGUUACAUGGUGGAUCAGCAUUGGGACGCUUGGGAGAGUGCGCUUUUGUCUAGAACCGACUCUGCCGCGUCGAGUUUUUCGAUGGCGACGACCGCUACGCCCCUUGACUUCGACAAGUCGCUCAGCUUUUUGUGCGUUGGAGCAAAGAGCGCGCCGCCUGGGGUGCAGACGACGAUCAUUGACCUUUUGUAUUGGGCGACCAUGUACGAAGAUUAUCAAGUUUUGAGCAUAACUAGCGGGGGGGACUCCAGAAAGGGGUUGAAGAGGGCGGUGCUUUCGUUGAACGUGCUUUCCUUGGACACGAAGUCGCUCCUGAGGUUGGCCUACAUGUGGGCGGCGUCGUACGACCCGAGGUUAGAGAGUUUGGAGCAGGCCAAUCAGUUUUUGGUGGAUGCCAUGUCUAGGGUGAGGGUUGGGGUGAUUUUGACGCUUUCCCCGUCUUAUCCUUGCGUGCAGAGAUCUGUGAUUCCUCAAGAGCUGCUGACAUGGAUAUGGAAUCAUUCCAACGGCGGCCUUGAAGAGUUGAGUUUGAUGGAGAUGAGCAUGUUCAUUAAUGGUAUAAGGGCGGAGGACGUCAAGUAUUUGAAUUGGAUUCACAACGUUGCGAGUUCUUCAGCGGCGAUCCGGCUGUUGGUGACGGCGCUGAGGUCUACAGGCAGCCAGAAGGCGGCUUCAGUGGGGUUGACGACGACGCAGGUGUUGUACUGCAUAUCGAGGCUGAUUGGCUAUUCAUCGUCGGUGGUGUUGCCCAGCUUGUUGACGCAUCUUUUCCCCAUCAUUAUGAGGUCAUUGGACUUCGACGACAUGCUUCUCCAUGCGCAGAUAGUCACCAAGUUGCUGUUGUACGAGUACCUCUAUCAGAAGGAGUCGUCGAACAAGAUAUCGGCGCCCCGCAUAUACAAGAAGUAUCUUCCUUGUUUGGAGUGUUGGUUGUACGCUCAGGAGGACGUGCAGAAGUCGGUGCGGGAGCCAGAGAUGAGGUUGGCGCUAAUCAAUUUUCUCAACGCGUUGGUAUACAUUAACGGGAAGGAGGCGCGGCGCAUACUGUCGAGGCCGGCGGUUUCGAAGUUGGUGUUGAAUUGCUUGCAUUCUUCAGUUGACAGGUCUGGUGGGUCUUGUUUGUCUGCUUCUCGAGGGGCGGCGAUUUUGUUUAUAUACCAGCUUUUGCAGUACAGUUCGCCUUCUGAGGACAAGGCGGUGGACUCUGAGUCCAAGUUGCUGCAGGCGAUAUACAUGAUGCAGGAGCCGAAUCCGAUGGUUUCCUUGGUGGGCAUACAGUUUGUGUCGGUGCUGCGGUUUCACCCUGGGGCGGCUUGGAAGUUGCAUUUCAACUUGGUGUGCGGCGUGCUGCUUCAGUUUUUCAGAGAGGGGGACCGGAUACUGAGUUACGAGAGCAUGUGGCAGUUUUUGCAGCUGUGUUCGAGGGUGCAGCCGGAGUUGGCGCAGGAAAUGCUUACCUUGCCGCACCACGUGUCGAUUUUGGGUUCUUUGGGUUCGUCUCAGCGUUUUCCGGAAAACGAGCCAUACACGCUUCCGCAGGUGUUGUACAUGACGACGUUGUAUGGAACAUGUGCGAGGUUGAAUCUCGGGCACAUUCCCAAGCAGAUGUUUGAGGUGCUGACGUCGGAGGCGCAUUUGGAGAGGAUGGCGUUGACGUUGGCGACGACGGACGACGCGAACAUUUUCGCGUUGUUGACUAUUUCGCUGCAUCACGCGUCAUCUUCUGGGAUGUUGUCUCCGGCGCACAAGGGCGCGAACGCGAGUUCUUACCGGAGCGUGUUGGGGGCGUUGGAGAGGGUGUUGAAGAAGGCGCAGACGGAGCAUCCGAAGGUGGCGCCAGCUCCGAACUACCGGGUGCCGAUUGAUGCGGGGGGGGUGUUGGUGUUUCCUGGGCACGUAUAUCCGAAUUUUGAUCGGAUUCACGAGAUUCCGAUAGGAGAGAGGGUGCGCAGGUUGCUGCAGUGGUUGGAGGUUAUAAACAGGCAGUUUGAGCAGUGAGUGGAGCGGGUUGGGGUGGGGGUGCGGAGAGUGUGGCGAUGUGUGUAUAUAAAGGGGGUUGUGUUUUGGUGUGUAAAAAAAAAAAAAAA